AUGGCGAUCCGUCCCAUGAAGUUCACGCCCGAGGUCUUGAUUGGUGCGCCCAGGCGGUCCUCGGCUGUCCCGAAUGCGGCGGGCACCCUUGCGGUUUACACGCAAACCUCUUACUCUUUCGAGUCCCAUGCGAAGACCAACGAGAUCCGUGUAAUUGAUAUCGAUUCCGGUCGAUCUGCCCUCAUUACCAAUGAUCCCGGCGCCAACAACCCCCAGUGGCUGGAUAACAGCGACCAGCUGGUUUGGCUGAAGACCAAGGCCAACGGGAACACUAGUUUCAUUAUUGGUCAUGCACGCGAGGCGGAUAAGACAUACACUGCGGGCACUGUUCCCGGACCAGUCUCAGACUUGAAACUCACCGUUAUCGAGCCCGGCAAACUUGGCUUUGCCGUGAGCGGGAAGGCUAACCCAGAUGGAUCCCUGUUUAACCCGCACGAUGUAAAAAAGCCUCAUACCUCCGGCAAGCUAUAUACCUCGCUGUUUGUCAGACAUUGGGACUCUUAUGUCGAACCGCAGAAGAAUUCCAUCUUUUAUGGUCUUUUGGAGAAAACGCCGCUGUCACCGACUCGCCGUCAGGCUGGCAAGUUCUCCCUGUCGGGAAUCACAAAUCUCAUCACCGUCUCAGGAUUGACGGGCGUCGAGUCACCAAUCCCGCCCUUUGGGGGCACUGGUGAUUUUGAUAUCAGCCCGUCCGCAAUUGUUUUCAUUGCCAAGGAUCCUUCACUCAACCCGGCGACCCACACCUCGUGCUCCUGCUACUAUUCUCCGAUGUUCUCAUGGACCUCGUGGACCAACAUGAGCGCACCCGAUGCGAAGGUUUGCAAGGUUGCCCCUCUUCAGGGUGCCAUGGCAUCCCCCGUCCUCUCGUCAGAUGGCAGCUCCAUUGCGCUCUUAACUAUGCGAGAAGAUGGUUACGAGUCGGACAAGAACAGGAUAUUAUACGUCCCAAAUCCUUGGAACGGCGAGAUGAUUGAGAUCUUCAAAAGCGACGAUGGAGAAGGUCUGUGGAACCUUAGUCCCUCGGCUGUCUCAUUUGCCCAGGACGAUAAGUCCUUGUUGAUUCAAGUCGAGGAAACUGGGCGCGGGAUCUUAUACCAACUUCCCCUCCAGAACGCAAGAGAAGUCAAGCCUGACGCUCUCAAACGCUUGACUCGGACCGGCUUCGUCAAUGAUGUGGUUCCCGCAGCGGCGAACUCUCCCAAGCUGUUUGUUUCCAGCAGUAGCUUGGUUGAUAACAGCCUGUGGACCAUCAUUGACCCGUCACAUCCCGAUCAUGUGCAAGUCGUGUCUUCGAGCAGCAGGGGUGGAGCCGUAUUUGGCCUGGCACCGACUCAGGUUGAUGAGAUUUGGUUCCGUGGCGCCGAGGACCACCCAGUCCAUGCACUUGUGGUGAAGCCGUCUCACUUCAAGCCCGGUGAGAAGUAUCCCCUUGCCUACUUGAUCCAUGGUGGUCCCCAGGGCGCUUGGAAUGAUCAGUGGAGCACACGCUGGAACCCGGCCGUUUUCGCAGAGCAGGGCUAUGUCGUGAUCACGCCCAAUCCCACGGGUAGCACGGGCUACGGACAACCCUUCACUGAUGCCAUCCGUGGUGAGUGGGGCGGAAAGCCGUACAUUGACCUCGUCAAGGGCUUUGAAUACAUCGAACAGAACUUGGACUACGUGGAUACCUCACGGGCCGUUGCCCUGGGGGCUUCGUAUGGCGGCUACCAGACCAUGUGGAUUCAAGGACAUCCUCUUGGACGAAAGUUCAAGGCGCUCGUCACGCACGACGGCGUGUUCAGCAUGACCGGUCAGCUCGCCAGUGAGGAGCAAUACUUUCCGCUCCACGACCUCAAGGGCCCGAUCUGGAAGGUUCCUGACAAUUGGGCGAAAUGGGACCCGUCGCGGUUCACGGAGCAUUGGCGGACUCCUCAACUCAUCAUCCACAAUGAAAAGGAUUAUCGGUUGACAAUCGCCGAGGGACUCUCUGCGUUCAAUGUUCUACAGUUGAAGGGCAUUGAAAGUGCGUUCCUCACGUUCCCCGACGAGAACCACUGGGUGCUGAACCCUGAGAACUCACUGCUGUGGCAUCACACCGUGCUGAAUUGGAUUAACAAAUAUGUCGAUCUGCCUGCGGUGUCGGAAGAGCCCGAUCUCUCUUCGGGGGCGGCCAAGCUUUCUGUCUAG